CCCUCUACCGGCCGCUCGCAAAGGUACAAAAACAAGCGGUGACAGUUCCACUGCGCAUGCUCGCACAACUGACGCAGCACGCUGGAAAGUUCGCUCUUUGGGGAAGCCUCUCUUGCUCAGUAUGAUUAUCCCUGUGAGAUGCUUCACCUGUGGAAAGGUGGUUGGGAAUAAAUGGGAAGCCUACCUGGGUCUUUUACAAGCUGAAUACACAGAGGGCGAUGCCCUGGAUGCACUUGGGUUAAAGCGCUACUGUUGCAGGCGCAUGCUGCUCUCGCACGUGGAUCUCAUUGAGAAGUUGUUGAACUAUGCACCUUUAGAGAAGUGAUGAGGCCCUGGCACCUGCGGCUCUAUACAAACUGCACCAACCGUGGGCUCAGGGAAGUGCAGGACUCCUUGUACCGUCUGUUCCAUGGAGAUAGCCAUCAUGCCUUGCCAUAUGGGAAAACUGGCUCUAACGGGAGAAUGCUGGGAGUUGUAGUUAACACAAAUUGCAUUUUUCCUCUUCAUGAUGUGCACUAUAUAUAAAAAAUAAAUAUAUUAUCUCUACCA